AUGUGGUUUGAAUACAAGGAUCUUAACGCUCCCUUCACUACAGUUAACGCAUUAAAUGUAAAAUUAAUACCCUAUGAGUUGAGACGACUGCCGGCGCCUUACGAUAGCGGACGCGACGGCGGAUGCCGUGAGAGCGGACGCGACGGCGGAUGCCGUGAGAGGUCUGUCGGAGACACACAAUACGAUUGUCUGCAGCGAUGCUAUCGAUCGCUAUAUGAGAGACAAUACGGAAACACAACCACUUGUUAUGCGGACAACGAUUUACGGACCAUUGAGUUAGCGAUUGGCGACUAUAUUGUGACGGAUUCUGUUAAUCAAUGUUCUAUACAAUCAGACAAAUCCAUUGAAUUCAAACGCAAAACCAAAAACUACUGUCAGUUGGAAUGUCCGCCAAAUUGUCGGGAAAUAAUAUACCAUAUAAAAAGCGAAACAUGUAAAAUUAAAAAGGCUCAGAGAUUGGAAGAUGAUCCGAUUACUUCUAUCGCAUUCUCAAAUAGUUAUUAUUUGCAACUCAUUAUUUCUGUCGAGUAUUUUGCAUACAAAACGGUAACCGUGUUUGACGUGAUGGACAACUCGAUGGACCCGCACUUCCCGGUUAUAACGCUGGCAUUUAACGAACAAUUUCUUAUUGGAAGUAAACUCCAUCGCCAGUGUAUGCGCUCAAACAAAUCACCAUUUUGUAAAACUCCCGAUAAUUGGCCCCCUAUUGGCCCCUUAUUUAAUUACAACAAUCGUAUUCACCCAUACGUUGAGACACGUAUAGCUAGCGGUGAGGUUAACGAUUGGCCGGGCGUUGAUGUGUCGUCACUAAAACACCUUAUAAUGACAAUAUACGACUUUAGAACACAGUCCUACUACUUUAUGGUCAGCGUAUUUGUUGGCCAUAAACCGGUUACCAAUGGUAUUGGUAUCGAACCGGUUGUUGUGAUUAGACAAUGGAGACAAACGUAUGAAACGAACGCAAAGUAUGUGUUAUUUCAUUCACAACCGGUCGCCGACUUUGAGCCCUUAUUUUACGGCGCGACUCUAUUAUGGGCCGGAAAUCAUACGUUUUAUUUGACAAAAACCGCGCGCCGACUGUUGCCCGCGCCGUACGGCCGGUGCAGUCACUACGGCUCAGACCCGUCGACCGGUGCCGAAGGGGACGGCAGUGGACAACCGUUUUGGGCAAUCUCUCACUGGCAUUGUAUGAGAAAGUGUCGACUGAAUUACGCGAAUCAAACAAAUUACAAGAACUAUACGUUUUAUAGUACUGACUUUAUUCUUCAUGAUGAUCAAAAUGUUGGUGCCGGUGCCGAGGUACUGGCACCGGCACUCAGUGCCGUUGUGCCGGUGCCGCAACACUGGAACGGCACCGGCAUUAGUUCUGACUGUACCGGCACUGAACCGUUUAAAGUGUCUGCUAUUUGUCUGUCGUAUUGUCCGCCCGAUUGUCUGGCAAUCGAUUAUCGCUCGCGUGUUGUCAACGAUAACAAGGAUUACAUUCAAAGGAAUCGGUAUUACAACGACAGACCGGAGGACUGGUAUUCAUCACAGCGUUUGGUUUGGGACUCAACUCAACCGAUGUAUGUCUAUAAAGAUGAGCCCAUUAUGUCAUUCCCGGCGUACAUGUCAUACAUCGGCGGACUCUUNAGCCCAUUAUGUCAUUCCCGGCGUACAUGUCAUACAUCGGCGGACUCUUUGGCAUCUGGUUUGGCACUAAUGGCCAGCAAUUGA